AUGGCCACACCUACACCCGCCCGACCUCCCCCCUCCCCGGCCGUCCUCUUUAUAUACCCCGCGACCUUGCUUUUGGGAUCCCUAUUCUCAGUCAUCUCACCAACUGCUCAAGGUUCAAGAGGACCGCCCCGGUCUUCUCAGCCAGCAGGAGCCUUGGCACCUUCCCUCGCCGCCGACCUACACAUAUCAGAGAGUCCAGUCAACUAUUUUGCGCGAAAGAACAACAUUUUCAACAUCUACUUCGUAAAGAUAGGAUGGCUCUGGACAACCCUCGCAUUUGCUUCGCUUCUCAUUGCACAACCGGCUUUCCACUACUCUGCCUCGCUUCCCCAGUCACAACAGCAAAUCCGAUUCCGCCGGACCAUUCAGGCUAUUGUCCGCUACGCAAUCGCGACGACAGUUUGGUAUCUGAUGACGCAGUGGUUCUUCGGCCCAGCCAUUAUUGAUCGCAGCUUUGUGAUCACGGGCGGGAAAUGCCAAGAGCUCAUAAAACAGGCAGGAGAGGCGAGCACGAAUUUGAGUCCAUCUACCCAGCUGGAGACGGUGUUUUCGGCUGCUGCCUGUAAAGCUGCGGGUGGGGCAUGGGGAGGUGGUCAUGACAUCAGUGGUCAUGUUUUCAUGCUGGUCUUGACCACGGCACUCCUCGCAUUCGAGGCAAUUGGCGUUGGUGCCUUCUCGCUUGGUUCUCGUGUGGAUGGAGAUGUUUCGCGCGAGCGCAAGGGGAGCGAUCCCAAUGAUAUUCAGACGCGCGAGCAAGAUGGUGGCUCUUCGCUAGCAAGGACGUGGUCGCUGCGCUUUGUUUGGGGAGUUGUAGGCUUGGGUUGGUGGAUGCUCUUCAUGACCGCCAUCUGGUUUCAUACAUGGCUGGAGAAGUGGUCUGGCUUAUUUGUUGCCUUGAGCACUGUAUAUGUCAUUUACAUACUCCCAAGGUCAUUGGCCCCUUGGAGGGGUAUUGUCGGUUUACCAGGGGCGUAA